UGCAGUAAUGUAAUGGACUAUUUGUUACAGAAAGUUAUGGAUUUUUGUGUUUUUGAGAAGAACAUUGUAUUGAUUUAUUGUGUAGAAUUAUGAUUUUGUGGUCAAUGUUCUGAUAUGGUUGUGACUUGUGAGGUAUUCUGAAUGGUAAAUGGCCCCAUUGGACCAACUUCAGCAUGGUUGCAUAGCUGCUGUGACAAAAUGUUUGUUUGAGGGGCAAUGAAUACUAGCACUGCUCCCUUUUUUUUUUCUUUCUUUUUCCUUUCUAUAUCAUCACUGAAAUCAAAUCGUUCAAAGUACUGGUACUAGUCCCUUUGGCCUUUUUAACUCAUGUCUUGGUGGCAAAGGAGUGCCUUGUUAAAAUGUCUGCUUUCUUUUUAUUUUUUUAUUUUUUAUUUUCAUUUUUAUUUUUGUAAAAAUAUUGACAACUUGAUUUCCCAGGAUAACUUUAGUAGUGGUUCAUCACUUGUGGUUCUAAUACAGCCAUUUCCACAACAGUUUUCUUGUCAGUUUCAUAAUUUUAGAAGCUAACAAAUUUAUCAACUUUUAGGCUCGUGCUGUUCGACGUGACAAUUCGGCCAAGAAGGAUUUGCCAAUGACAAAUCUGGUCGAUCAGGUGAGAGAAUUAUUGGACACAAUUCAACAAAACUUGUUUGAUGUUGCAAAGGAGAAGAGAGAUGCCUGUGUUAAACAAGUUAGGACGUGGGAAGAGUUUGUUGAAGCAUUGGCACAAAAGAAACUUAUAUUAGCUCCUUGGUGUGAUGAAGAGGAAGUUGAGAAAGAGGUCAAAGUGCGGACAAAAGGAGAAAUAGGGGCCGCGAAGACUUUGUGCUCACCAUUUGAUCAGCCAGCACUGGAACUUGUCAUUUCUUUAGACAACUUUAUGGCUGAUUCUAAGCUCCUGCAUUGUAGUGACUCGUCUGAUCUUAGAACUGAUAAUUUUUUUUUCUACAUUGGUGCUCAUUUAAUUAUAGUGUUCUUUUGCUGUCUUAAUAUAGUGGAAGUGAUUUAUACCAUUUCUCAGGUACCCUUUGCUUCGCUUCUGGAAAGCCAGCUAAGAAGUGGUCGUAUUGGGGCAGAAGUUACUAAAUUAUGAUCAUUGUUAUCUUGGACAUACUGAAGGAUGGAUUGAAGAUUUACAACUUUUUUUUUUCUUUCUUUUUGUUCGGCAUCUCUCCCAGUGUUUCAAAGUCUACUAGACUGUUUAAUCCAAAUUCGAGUUAGGAUAAGUCCCAAGUGUUGCUACAUUUGCAGGGCUUACACUUGCGACGUUCGAUUAGGUUAAAACAAUUGUUACCAACUGAUCCAAGCAUUCUUAGAAACAUGUCUAUCAUCCUUAUCAACACACAUUAACCUGUACAUAUUUGUUGUUUAAAUUCAU